AUGGCUUCGAGUUCAGUUGGUCCGGGCGUCAGGACGGCUGAAGGUCGGACGGGAAUGGGGGAGGCGUUGGAUCCUCCUGAGCUGCUAUGGUCUCUGAUUGCUGGAAGACUACCAGGCCGAACUGAUAAUGAAAUAAAGAACUAUUGGAACACAACAUUAGGCAAGAAAGCGAGCUUUCAACGUCAAAUUCAACACAUACAUAAGCCAAGCAACAUUCGAAGGCCAAAAGCUUCUAAUCAUCUACUGCCAUCAUCAUCGCCACCACCUCCACAAACCAAAAACAAUACUACUUUGAACCAAACAAUGGCCAUGAGAUGCAGUAAAUUAGUCUUUCCAUUAUCGCUUCCAUCUUCUUCAGCAAGCAAGCAGAGUCCCCCAACCAUGCAAUUAGCAGAAGAGUCAAUGGCUAAGGUGACUAGUGAGAUGCCUGAAGAAGAAGAACUGUUUCAGGCGGUGGAGGAGAAUAUGGAGUUUGAAGAUCAGGCUGUAAUGGAAUUUGAAGGAUUGCAGGACUUUGACAGCUGGGUGUUUAAUGAUGAAGAAGAAGAUUACCUUCCUGAUGAUGAUCAAAUGCAAAUGUUAACCUCUUUAUUCGGUAUGGGAGGUGGAUUCUAA